GUAUACCUACUAUUAAUGACACCUAAUUUAUUAAAUAUUUUUGCACUACUGCACAUGCGUCUGUGCACAAAUAUAUUAUACAGUUACUCCCUAGAAAAGACAAACACAACCAAUUUAACCGUGACAGUGUACCGCGCGGUCUAUACAACUUAUUCAAGUAUUAAACUAUUGCGAGCUUUGCGGCGUUGGAUGACGCCAUCCCCAAAUCAUAAACCUGUCUCACCUGUCUCACCUGUCUCACCAACGACGUUAGCAACUAUUUUAAAAUUUGAGAAAAAUAUCAUUCAUAUGUCGAACGGAUGUCCAAUCAUUUUGAAUACUUCAUAUCCUAUAACUGAAUCUGUUUCUGAUAAUCCACUUCAGCAAAUAUCCAGACCAAUGUCUCACGAAGAAACACCUUCUUGGGAUUUGACUACAUACGAAAAUCGCUUGAGAACAUUUGAUGGAGUCUGGAAAUUACAAUUCAUAACACCUGACCAAAUGGCCAAAGCUGGAUUAUAUUAUUUGGGCAUACAAGAUCGUGUUAGAUGUUUGUUUUGUUCUACAGAAUUUGAUUAUUGGCAACAUGGUGAUGAUCCGGUUGUUGAACAUAAACGUCAGUCUCCACAAUGUCCAUUUUUUAAUGAUUCUUCUGCUGGUUAUGAUGUGUGUGGUCUUUAUGGUUCUGCUCCUGCUGAUAUCCAUUCUAAUCAUGAGUCAAAAAAAGUCCAAGACUUUUUAGAUUCUGUGGGUAUUCUGCAACAGAUUAAACCUCCUAAGCACAAAGAUUUUGCCACCCUAGAAGCACGAUUGAAAUCUUUUGAAAAAUGUUUGAUAUCAUUAAAACAAAAUAUUCAAACUCUAUGCGAAGCUGGAUUUUUUUAUAUAGGCAAUGGUACAAAUGACCAAAUGCUUUGUUAUUACUGUAGUCAAGGUCUGAAGGACUGGGAAGAUAAUGAUGAACCAUGGACAGAACAUGCCAGAUGGUCUGAAUCAUGUAGUUACGUGUUGUUAAAUAAAGGCAAAAAUUUUGUUGACAAAGCAUGUGGUGUGAAAAGCACAAAAUUCAACCCAACGGAGUUAUUCAAGCUGAUUGCUGAACAUAAGGAUACGUCUAUUACUGAAAAUAAUAUGAAAGUAAAUUCGACCAAAAGGAUUCACAUUGUCUGUCAACGUCAUACACCUAGACAACUUGAUCAGCCGGAGAUUUCUAACAUAGGUCAAAUCAAAAUAACAUCUGUUGAAAACCUACAUCUUUGUCAAAAGCGAGACCCUAAUACAAUGCCAGAUUCUAUGCUGUGCAAGAUUUGCUAUAAAGAAGAAAUGAAAGUGGCUUUUAUCCCUUGCGGUCAUGUCAUUGCCUGCAUUCAAUGCGCAUUAACACUCGAACAGUGUGCUGUAUGUCGACAGCCGUUCAGCAUGGUAAUGAGAGUACACUUAUCAAUGGACGAAGAAAAAGUUAAAGAUCUCGAGCAGUUACCUUGCAGUUCAUCACAGUGUUUAGAUGAACAAUUAGACCCAAUGCUUUGCAAAGUAUGUCAUAAAGAAGAAAUGGCAGCGGCAUUCAUACCCUGUAGACAUGUUUAUGCCUGCGUCAAAUGCGCGGCAGAUAUGCACGAGUGCCCGGCGUGUACAGAAGGUUUCUGUGCCACUAUACAAGUGUACUUAUAGGGCGUGUAAAAUUAUUGCGACAUUGUGUGGUGGAAACCAUUCUAGUCUUAAAUUUUAAUUUGUGUAAUUAAUUUUAGUUUUAACAACUUCAUUUAUAAUGAAAUAUAAUAAGCACCAAAGUGGGCUAAAUCUUACUAUGUUGUUGUGUUGUUAGUAUUUAUAAUAUUCUGACAAUGCACAAUAUUCAUAGUAAAUUUUGAGACUGAUUUCCUUAGAAGAUGUUAUACAACGGUUGUUAUCUCUAACAUUACAUAGUAAAUUUACAAUCCGCAACUAUGUUAUUUUUUUUCUGUAAAAGUACUUUGACAUAUAAUUUACUAUCAAAAUUAUAAACAUCUGUGUUCUUAAUCUUUUAAUUUAAAGUGGGGUAAACACUAUUAAAUUUAGAUAUUUUAUAUAGACAGAUAAAAAAGUUUAUUUUUGUGUCAAUUUCUUUUAACAAUAAAAAAAACAUAUUUGCGGGUCAGUUAUUUACUUAUUCUAAAUAAAAAUGUAAACAUAAACGAUUGUAAGACAAAUAUGUCUAUACAGGUAUGAAGUCCUUUAACCUUUUAUAAUAAUUUUAAAAUCCAAUUAAUUGUUGUUUGGUUAUAUAUAAUCGUAGAGCUGUCGUAAGUUAUUUUUUAUAUUAAUUUGAUUAAUUAUUUUUAUUUCCAUAUUUUGCACUCAAGUUGAAUAAAUAAAGCAAUUAUAGCUCUUAAGGCAGAUACUCCCAUGUACAGUUUCUUUGUAAAUAAACAUUUUUUGUUUUUUUCUUAUUGUUGUUAUUAAAAAAACAACAGGUAUUUAGUGUUUUAACUAUAAAAGAAUAAUUAUAGAAUAAAAAUCUAAUUUUAAAACUACAAA